GAUCAAUUCGUUCAAUUAAUCAUUCAUUGAUUGGGAGAUGUUAACCACAAACCAUGCAGCAACAUCACAUUUCAUCCAUUCUCUCUCUUCCCCACACAAGCAAACGCAAUGACUUAUUUUUCCCUCAUCGAUAAUAGACCCAUUGACUCAUCCUACAAAGCUGGCAUGUCUCUUGACCAUGUACGUCGAAUAUCGAAAAUAUCAAAUGAUGAAGUGCUAUUAGAUCACCACACCAAUACUCCAUCCACAUCCCCAUCCCCAUCCGCGGCCGCACAAUUCCCCCAAGACAACCAAACAGCGCCGAAAAGCCACGCUCCUUCCCAGCCGCAAGCAAAUUAUUUUAUUUUCUUUGGCUUUAUCACGUUGAUGGCAGAAAGAUCCACACACGACGGGAAUCACGGCAAGCUUGCAUUUCGAGGGCCAGCUUGGCGAGGCGAGCGUGGGGUCUGUCUGGCCCUGCAUGACGCACCCCGGACCAACGUGCAUCGAGCGUGCAUGGUGCGAAAAGAUUGGCGUCUCUUAUCGGGCGCGAAACACGCUGACAGGAGUUUCGAUGUGGGGAAUUGGGCAUUGGCUGCCUCGGGGGGACGAAGCGUUAAACAUUUGCAUGCACGGGUGGAGAACGUGAGGUAAAGAGUUGAAGGCAAUCCGGAAUUUCAGUACGCAUAUAUCUGGUCUAUCGGAGGGGAAGGAGGAGAGAAGCAAGUUUGACGCCUGAAGAAGAGAAAAAGGGAAGAAGUUCUUGCUAUCCAAAGAUAAAAAAAAGUUUAAAAGACGAAAAAGGCCCUCCAUACAUUCCUAUGAGCAGAGUGUGCCUUUCUCUCUUCGGGCGGGGGAGAAACAACCGAUGUGGUAAAAACACUUCUCGCUCCUCAUGUAAAAUUCUUCAACUAGGUUAAUGCUGUUGAUCUGCUGUAUGCCAGCUGUUGAAUGCGUCAUCACCCCCUUUCAUGUGCCGAAUAAGAAAAGUAGAAAAAAAAAGAUACAACAGUUUCAUU